UAUAGCCACAGCCCAUAUCCUAAAACCCCUGCUUCCCCAUUUUCAAAUUAGGGUUUAUAUACUUACACUCAAAAACUAUACACACAGACCUCUUCAAUGGCGAUUCUUCGCGGAACAACGCAAUCAUCGAUCUUCACAAUCUCUUCUAUCAUCUCCAAGGUACGCUCUUCUUCGAAUUGCUCUAGUUCUUUCAUUUCACAGUUCCCGAGGCUCGCUAAUGCUAAAACCCUAACCUCGUUUGCUAACCCUAAUGAUGACUUUCCGCCGCCGCCUCAACCCUCUUUUGAUAGUGUUAGUCGUAGUGGUAACAAUCAGGUGAAUUAUGAGAUGAAUCAGUGGAAUAAUCAGAAUUUGAAACAGAAUUAUUCGGGUUUUUCGAGAAAUGCGGUUCCGAGAGGGGGGGAUGCUCCGAAUGAGGGGAACGCUGAUCAGGGUCGAUUUGGGAGGAAUCAGAAUCAGGGGUUUAGUCAGUGGGACCCACAAGAGGGUCAGAACUCUCAGAAUUAUGUUGAGGCUCGUAAUUCGAGUCCGGAGAAUUAUAGGCAGCCGAGUAGGGGGCAAGGUUAUUCGCAGGGAUUUCCGCAGCAGCGACCGGGUUAUGGACAAAAUGUUGGUCAGCAGCAGGGUUAUCAGUCGCAGAUUCCUCAGCAGCAGCAGCAAGGUUAUGCGCCACACGUUCCUCAGACGCAGAGUCAACAGGGAUAUCCUCAGGGGAUUCAGCAUCAGCCGCAGGGUUAUCAACAAGGCGUUCAGCAUCAGCCACAGCAAGGUUAUCAACAAGGCGUCCAGCAUCAACCACAACAAGGUUACCAACAGGGUGUGCCUUAUCAGCCACAACAAGGUUAUCAGCAUCGUGAUCAGCAACAGCAGCAGGGUUAUCCGUAUCGCGAACAGAAGCAGCAGCAGCAGCAACAGGGUUAUCCGCAACGUGGUGACGGUUAUGGAGAUCGUGGUCAGCAGCGUGUUAGUCCUAAUCAAAUGAACCAAGAAGUUCAGAUGCAGAACCAAGGGGGAAAUGUGAGUAACCAGAAGGCAGUUGUGCAGCCUAGUAAGGAGGAUGUUUUGAUUGGUUUGUGCAGAGAGCGAAAAGUUAAGGAUGCUAUUGAAUUAUUGGAGGAGGGGGUGCGUGCUGAUGGUAUGUGUUUCAGCUUGCUUUUUGAGUUGUGUGGGAAUUCAAAGAAACUUGAGGAUGCUAAGAAAGUUCAUGAUUAUUUUUUGAGAUCAACAUUUAGGACUGAUGUGGAUUUGAUUCACAAGGUGAUUGAGAUGUACGCUAAGUGUGGGAGUAUGGUCGAUGCCCGGAGAGUUUUUGAUCAUAUGCCAGAAAGGAGUCAGGAUACAUGGCACUUGAUAAUACAUGCAUAUGCAGCCAACGGGUUGGGGGAUGAAGGAUUAGCAUUGUAUGAGGAGAUGAGAAAGCUAGGAAUGAAUCCCAAUGAACAGACGUUUCUUGCUGUAUUAGCAGCUUGUGCAGGUGCUGAAGCUGUGGAAGAAGGUUUUAUACAUUUUGAUGAAAUGAAGGUAGUGUAUGGAAUAUCUCCGGGAAUAGAGCACUAUUUGGGUCUUAUUGAUGUUCUUGGGAAGUCUGGUCAUGUUACUGAGGCUUUGGAAUAUAUUGAAAAGUUGCCUUUUGAACCUACUGCUGAAAUAUGGGAGGCUUUGAUAAAAUACGCUAGAAUGCAUGGAGAUAUUGAUCUGGAGGACCGUGCUGAGGAGUUCUUAAUUAGUAUUGACCCAUCAAAGGUUAAUCCAAAUAAGAUCCCUACACCACCACCUAAGAAGCAAUCUGCAAUUAGUAUGCUGGAGGGUAAAAACAGACUUGCUGAGAUAAGGAAUCCAACCCUGUACAAGGAUGAUGAAAAGUUGAGGGCUGCAAUGAAAGAGCAGCGUUAUGUACCGGACACUAGAUAUGUCCUGCAUGACAUCGACCAGGAAGCCAAAGAACAGGCAUUGCUUUAUCACAGUGAACGUCUGGCAAUCGCAUAUGGUCUGAUCAGUACCCCAGCAAGGACACCCCUGAGGAUCAUCAAGAAUCUCCGUGUAUGUGGUGACUGCCACAAUGCGAUUAAGAUCAUGUCCAGGAUUGUUGGGAGAGAGUUGAUUGUUAGAGACAAUAAACGUUUUCACCAUUUUAAGGACGGCAAAUGUUCUUGUGGUGAUUACUGGUAAGUUAAGACUUUAGUACCACAAUUCAUUAUUAAUAUGCGUAUGGACUUUCAUAGUCAUAAUGGGACUCCCAUAUCAGUAGUGUUGACGUGGUGUAAUCAGUUUCAUGAUAAGAAUCAUCAAUUUUAUCAUCUCAGGAAUCACACUGUCUUUUGUAAAGUUCACUAAUUCCUGUCUAUAUCUCUAUUUUGUAUUGAAAUGUGGACUAUCUUUCUGCUUUGGAAAAGUGCAUAAUGUUAUGGUAGCACGAACUGACAACUUAUGUUAAGGAUCAACAUUUUAUCUUUGUGCA